AUGAGCGCGGCACGCUUGCUGCUCUUGGGGCUAGCGCUAAGGCUUAGGGCCAUCGUUGCUAAUGCAGAAGAGGGCAGCCUUUGCUCUGAGAGCCAGGUGGCCUUCAGAGAUGCUUGCUAUGAAUUUGUGUCACUCGGACGCACCUUCCAUGGUGCCCAGAGCUGGUGCGAAGGGCAGGGAGGUCAUCUGGUCUUUAUUCGUGAUGAAGGUACCCAGCGGUUUCUGCAGACGCACAUCUUCCAGGACAGGGAAUGGUGGAUCGGACUCAAGGGGACCUCAGCGCACAAUAGAACCACAGGAGGGCCCGGGACCUGGUUGGACACCUCAGACGUGAGCUACAGCAACUGGCAGCAAGGGCAGGCCACCCCUGCCCCUGACACCUGUGGCUACAUCAGGAGAGGCCCUUCCUCCCUGUGGGCUGCCUCCGAUGACUGCACCCAGGCCUUGGCCUUUGUCUGCGAGUUUGGGGUGGGCCAGAGACUGGCCUGUGAGGGCCUCAAUGCCACCAUGCACUGCAGCUCAGGCGAGGUCAUCCAGAUCCAAGAUGCCUUUUAUGGGCGCCAGACCCCCCAUUAUUGUACCCAGGAAGCCCAGCCUCCCUUGGACCUGGAGGAGGAUUGCAGCUGGGUUAGCGUCAAGGACGAGGUGGCAGGCCAGUGCCAGGGGCUGCAGGCAUGCCAAGUAGCAGCAGAUGAGACCUACUUUGGAGACCUGUGCCCCACUCAGGGCAGCUACCUAUGGGUGCAGUACCAGUGCUGGGAAGGCCUGCGACUGGUGGUGACCAAUGGGAGUUUCGUCUUUGACAAUGUCACCAUCUCCCUGACAUGGCUGCUCUCUCCCUACAUUGGAAAUCUGUCCUGCAUACUCAAUAUGGGAGAUGGCCACACUUUUGAUCCCUACUACCCUCCCAGUUUGUCCAGCAAUGUCAUCCACCAGUUUACGUCUCCUGGGGAAUUCACCGUGUUUGCUGAGUGCACAACCAGCGAGUGGCACGUGACAGCUCAGAAGCAAGUGAGAGUGCAAGAUAAGAUGGAGACGCUCAGUGUCACCGGGUGCGCCGGCCUAUCCAGACCAGGAGCCAGCCCUCUCUGCCAGGUUGUCUUUGGGGAGCCUCUGUGGAUUCAGGUGGAGCUUGAUGGAGGAACAAGAGUGACUUACACCGUGCUUUCUGGUAACAUAACUCUGACUGAGUCUGCCACCCAGAGGGGCUCGCUACCCUAUAAUCUGACCCUGGGCAGAGAAGCUCAGGAGCUGACGGGCCCCGGGGUACACCGCCUGCAGAUCCGGGCCAGCAGCAACAGCACCACGUCUGCACUCUCUGGGAACCUCACGGUCCACUUUGUGCAGCCGCUCUCAGGGCUGCAGGCCUCCUGGGCUUCCGACCUUGUAGAGCUGGGCCAGGACCUACUGAUCAAUGUCUCAGUGGCUCACGGCACCCCAGAGGAGCUGACUUUUGAGGUGGCGGGACUCAAUGGAAACUUCUCCCAAAAGGCAGAGGAUUUGGAGGAGCCAUCUGGGAUUUACCACGUGGCAGUUCCUGUUGAAGGUACCUUUCUGGUCACGGUGUUCCUGAGGAAUGCCUUCUCAAACUUGAGCUUGGAGAUAGGAAGCGUCACUAUCACAGCCCCUUCCAGUCUUCAAGAACCAACUGGAAUGAAUGCUAAAGGAAAGAAUAGACACAAAGGAGACAUGGAGGUGCACGUUGAACCUGGUGUAUACGUAGACCCUUUCACAACAGUCACUCUGAGCUGGCCAGAUGAUGAUGAGGAUUUACGUUUUCAUUGGUCAUGUGGGAGAUGCUGGGCUCAGUGGAGCAACUGUGUUGAGAGGCAGCUGCUCCACACAGACCAGAGGGAGUUGGUGGUCCCACCAUCCUGCCUGCCACCACCGAACUCUGCUGUCACCCUGCACCUGGAUGUCCUGAGGGGCCAGGAGCUGGAGAACAAGACAGAGCAGUGUCUCUAUGUCUCUGCUUCCCUGGACCUCAAGCCUCAAAUCAGCUGUGAGAAGAACUGCCGGCUGGCAACCACUGGCGAAGACCUUGAGCUCAGGGUCACCCUGGGAGGCAAUGCCUCAGUGGCCACAUUCAGCUGGUACUUAGAGGACACUGCCCCAGAGAAGGCUGAGCCUCUCCCAGCUGCCUGCAGACUCGAAGGAUUCUGGCCUCGUUCUCUAGCCCUGCUCUGGAGCAACGCCUCCACUCUGCUGCUCAACAGCAGCUGGCUGCAGACCUGGGGCGAGGUCAUCCGGAUCCGAGCCACAGCACUGACCAGGGACGCCUACGGGGAGGACACCUACGUGAUCAGCACUCUGCCUCCCCCGGAGGUGCCCACCUGUGCGACGGCCCCAGAGGAGGGCACUGUACUGACACAAUUCUCCAUCCUCUGUGAUGCCUCCACGGCCCCGGGCCCCCUGGAGUACUGCUUCUGUCUGGAAUCAGGUUUCUGCCUACACUGUGGCCCUGAAGAGGCCCUCCCAUCUGUGUAUCUACCACUUGGAAAAGAAAACGAUGACUUCAGGCUGACAGUGGUCAUUUCUGUCACCAACCAGGCAGGGGACAGACAGCAGACCCAUGCAACUGUUAAGGUGGGACCCGGUGACACACGUGUUGAAGAUGUGGCACUCCAGACAAUCACCACCUCUCUGCAAGGCGAGCAUGGCCCUGAGCAGCUUCUCCAGCUGGCUAAGUCUGUGUCCUCUGUGCUGGACCAGGAGGACCAGGGCGAGGGCUCCGGGCAGCUGCUGAGGAUGGAUGCCAGAAGGAAGGUCAGAGAGCAUGUGCUGGAGUCACUAUCCAUGGUCGCCAACAAACUGGAGGACAUGCAGAGAGUGCAGGGCCUGGCUGAGGUGCUGAGGGAGGUGACCCACCACAGUGAGGAGCUCACACCUUCUUCCCAAGGGUCCUGCAUGGGUGGUGCAAAGGAGGGCAUCCCUCCAGCAGCCCCCUGUGUCUCACACUGGGUGUGAUGGCCUGUCUACCCACACUCCCAACCUCCACCUGCUGUGGGAGGCCAGCUGUGUUCUGCAGCAUGCCAGUGAGGCCCUAUUGACAAUGAGUACCAAGGCCCGUUCUGAUGACCGGAGGCACCAGACAGCCACC